AUGCCAUACCGAUUUGAGAUUGCCGCUCAAGGCCGCGCUGGCUGCAAGGCCCCAGAUUGCCUCGCAGAGAGGAUCAAGAUCGCCAAGGGUGAAUUACGUGUUGGCACAUGGGUGGAUAAUUCAACCUUUCAGGCCUGGCACUGGCGCCACUGGGGUUGCUUUACCCCCAAGCAAAUCGUGAACGUUAGAAAGGACCUCACUGCGGACUCUGAGGAUCUUGAUUUCUCUCGUCUUGAUGGUUUUAACGAGCUCACCAAUGAGCUCCAGGAGAAGAUUCGCAAGGCCAUCGAACUGGGUCACAUCGAAGAUGAGGAAUGGAAAGGUGACUUUGAAUUCAACCGUCCUGGACAUGUCGGCAUGCGUAGCAAGAGUGGCAAGACUAAGGCCAAGGCCGAUGAGUCCGAGGAAGCUGAGCAGUCCUCUCCUGCCAAUAAGCAUGGCUUGACUGAUUCCGAGAAUGUGGACGAGGAGCCCGCCAAGAAGAAGAAGCAAACUCGUACUAAGAAGACUACCGAUGAUCACGAUGAUGCCAUCGCGGAGGCCACCAUCGUUGACACUGAGCCCAAGAAGGCCAGGAAGCGUGGCCGCGGCGGAAAGAAGACUGUUGAGGACCAAGUUGCUGCCGCGGAGGCUGAUAUCAAGGCCGAGCCUAAGAAGCGUGGCCGUGGCCGUCCCCGAAAGAAGGGUUCUGAAGACGAGGGUGCCGAUGCUGACACUGAGAUGACCACCGUGCCCACUGAGCCUACCGAGCCCAAGAAGCGUGCUCCUCGUGGCAAGAAGAUUACCAAAGAUGAAACUGCCUCUGGCGACAUUGAACCCAAGAAGCGUGCUCCUCGUGGCAAGAAGAUUACCAAUGAAACUGCCCCUGCUGACAUCGAGCCCACUGAGCCCAAGAAGCGUGCUCCUCGUGGCAAGAAGAUCACCAAAGAUGAAACUGCCUCUGAUGACAUUGAACCCAAGGAGGAGCCCACCAAGCGUGCUACUCGUAGCAAGAAAGUCGCUACCUCUGUUGCCGACAGCGAGUCCGGCGAAGUUGCCCCUGCCAAUGAGGAUCAGCCUACGAAGAAGGCGACCGUGACUCGUGCAACUCGUACCAAGAAGGAUGCUCAGGAAAAUGUUUCCCCAGUCGACAAGGAUGUCUCCUCUGCCGACAAUGAGGCCGCCACUAUCUUCGAGCCUGCCAAGAAGCGUGCGGCUCGUGGCAAGAAGGAUGUGAACAACAAUGUUUCUCCUGUUGAGGAAGACCUCUCCUCUGCUGAUAACGAGACUGGCCCUGCCAAUGGCGAGACGAAGAAUUCUACCACUCGUACGAAGACUGCAAAUGGCGCAAAUACCAAGAAUGGCCCGAAAGCUACCAACGGAGCCAAGACCAAUGGAGCUGAUGCUUCCAAGAAAGAGCAUACUGAGGAAUCUACCGAGAAGCCUAAGCGCACUCGCAGUGCUAACGACAAGACUAACGGCAACAAUGCCACCUCUGAGAACAAGCCCAAGGCAACUCGCACCCGCAAGACGGCUGCCGACAAGGCUGCUGAAACCUCCGACGCCAUCAAAGAGAAGCCUAAGACCGGAGGUCGCAAGCCGGCUGCCGCGAAGGUCACCGAUGAGUCUGCUGACCAGGCUGGCAAGGAGCCUACCGAGGUCUCUACUGAGAAAUCUGUUCAGGACACCGCUGUGAAGUCUGAGGAUGGUCCCGAUAAUGCUUCCUCCGAGGUUCCCGAUGAGCCCAUUGUCGAUGCUACCGAGAAUUCUGCUGAGGACGCUACUAUGAAGCACGUUGAGGAAGUUACCGAGCAGCUCGUCGAGGACGCCACUGAGGAGCCCCUCGAGUCUCCUCUGGAGCCAGUCAAGGCAGAUGAUUAUGACGACGACUUGUAA